AUGUUUUGGUUGAGGAUAGAUGGCUUGGAGCCUAUGUCAAUACUUUUUAGUAGAUUUCUUCAGUCCAGCUGGGGUUUUGUUCCACGAUGCUGCUGCUGUGAAUUUGAAAACUUCAUGUCAACAGCUUCUAAAAUAACUUUGGGAGUGUCUUGUGUCUUUGCACUUUCUGCAUUUGUCGGUGUUCACCUCGCUCAGGCUCUCGAACGAGAGAAGUUGAGUGAGACCGUACGCCGUGAGAUAGAACGGGAAAUUCAAGAAGCGAAAAAUUCUGUACCGUACGUGUGCUGUUGUAGUUUUAUCUUUUAG